CGAAAGCUCAGAUCCAAAGCUGGGCCUACCAAGAAAACAGCCAACUUGUUCAAUUUUGAGGUCAAUGAACUCCUCUACAAAGACCAGGACAUCGCUAUCAAGCAAGGCACCUCCUACGAGAACAUAUACAGGUACUUUAAUGAUAUAGAAUUGCCCAAAGUCCAUGGAACUCGAGAAAUCCAGCUUCUCGAGAACCUACUACCAAGACGGACAAAGCACAGUCGGGAUGCAUUGGACGACCAGGUGUAUGAAGCGUUCCACAGAAAGAUGAAAAAGGAGGAGAAGGUAAUGACCAACGAAGAAAGACUUCGGAUCCUGAAUGAAGUCGACAAUUUGCACACCCAAAUGGAACUUCUUCAUCGCUACGACUGGAUCCGACACUUACCAGAAAUCACCCAAAUAGAUGAUCCCAAAGACUUCGAAGAGCUCGAGCACAAAAAGGAGUUGACCAUCCAUGAGAUUGAAAAGCUCUUGAGGAAGCAUGAAGACUGGAAAAGGCGAGUCGAUGCGCUCAACUCCGAUAUCAAGGAAUACGAGGUUAGUGACGAAGAGGAGGACGAGUAUUCUGCUUCCAUAGACCUUCUCAAAGACAGGCGUCGCAAGCAAAGAGCUGCAAAAUAUGGGCCUUGUAUUAAGUUGAGGUUGAACAACGGAUACACCCUUAUCAUUGACCAAAUUCUUCCCCCCAGAAUUAUCAGAACCGUGGUUCUGGACAAA